AUGAACCCGGAGCCCUUUCCCAAUCCCCGGCCAUUGUCAUCCUCCUUUCCUCGACAAGGAUGGCCCCGAUCCCCAUCUCACGCGCCAGUUGCCGGCCCUUCAAACGCAACCCGGUACGAGUCCGCAGACCACGCUGCAUAUCGUGCCACGCCUCUACGCCAGGUGAACACUGCCCCGGGGCCUUCGUCCCGACCUGUGCGAGCCGAGAAUCGCACUCAGCGGUCCUCGACUGUACCUACCCGACCUGUGCUUGUAAGGGCGUAUUCGGGAGAUGCGGAUAAACCCUCGAGACCAUCUACCAUGUCCCGCCUCUUCUUCCCAUUCUCGGGCUCGAGAACCUCGACUGUGUCUCGUCCGACACAGUCUGAGAUUACAUUUCCGUCCGAUAAGGACUUCAGUAUUGAAUGUAUACUGCAGGCCAUCGAGCCUGAUAUCCGCAGUACGCUGAACUCCAUUGCAGAGAUCUGUGGUCGGAGCAAACUGAGUCUGGCCAAUGAAUACGGGAGUCACAUUGCGCCUCUGGGGGAGAUUUGUGCUCCGACAAAUCCACUGGGACCGGUUGAGGAGGCCAGUCCCAGGGAGGAACAGCGUGGCGACGGACAUACAGUCAUUCUGGAUGAGGCCAAUUCCAUCGGCCCAGCUCGGGACAUGCAUCCGUUCUCAUUCCAUCGCUACCUGGAAAACCUGCGACAUACAUCCAUGAUGGAACAAAAUGCUGGCCAAAGACAGUCGGAUCCUCCGCGAUCCCCUGGCAUGAACUCCGAGGCGGAGACUGUGUUUCCUAUAACGGAGGCUGUCCCGACGCCUUUCACGCGCGAAUUUGCCUCAAAACCUAAGCAUAAUGGGUGUGAUUUACUUGCGAAAAAUGCUUCUGGUACUGGUGAACAAUCGUCCUCGCAGAUGGUCACCCCUGCUGUGGUGUCUGAGGUUCAUUUGGACGCGAGUGCAGAUGAUGGGAUUUCUACGGAAAAUAGCCUUCUCCCCCAAGCUGCUUUAGGUGGCGAUAGCCCAUCUACAAUUGGGACUAGCGGUCCUGAAAUCAUUCAAUCCUUGCUUGGAUGGCUGAAAUGGGCUGCGAACAUGUCUGGUUCUGACGCUAGCCCUGCUUUGCUGUCAGCGGAGGAUCGGCUACGGGCUAUGCUUGAUCGACCGGGGAAUGAGGGUGUUGCUUCUACUGCAACCUGA